UUUGUGCUUAUCUUCCCUUUCGACCCAGUGACAUGUUAUUUUCUUUUAAAGCAACGGUUUGAAAUUGAUUGCAGUCAGACCUUUUGUGCUGACAGAAUUCACAACAGGCUCUAUUCGGAUUGAGUACAGCCCUCCACUUCUUAUAUCGCUGUUUUGACAGGAGUUGACAUCAGUUAAGGGAACUCAAUUCAGCUGAAGUCACCCGAUUCUGUCGAGUCGGCCUCAGAGUGCUGAAGGUUUUGUUGACAGGUGGUGAAAAUCUCACCUCAAGAAGAAGCAAUGGAGGCUAGCAUCUUUGAGUAUCACAAAGAGGAAGACACUAUGGACAUUGAGUCUUUUCAGGGUGAGAAGCAGAAGCUUAUUCAGCCAUCAUCUUUAAAAGACCCCAAGCUUGAAAAGCUAAAAGAGGCAUUGGUUCGUUGGAUCAAUAGCACUUUGAAAGUGGAGCACAUAGUGGUUCAGAGUCUGGAGGAGGAUCUGUAUGAUGGACUGGUGCUUAAUCACUUGCUGUCCACGUUGGCUGGUGUGCACUUGUCUGUGGAGGAGAUGGCACUGACCAGCACUGCUCAGAUCCACAAGCUGGAAGUGGUCCUGAAGGAGUUGGACAAGAAACUGGGCCUGCAGGACAGCAGCUGGAUCAAGUGGAACGUCAAACUCAUCCACAACAAAGACCUUCUGGCCACUAUUCAUCUGCUGGUUGCCAUGGUGAGAUGUUUCCAGCCUGAACUGGAUUUGCCACCGAAUGUGAAGGUUGAAGUUGUAGUUGUGGAAGUCAGCAGAAGUGGAAUCAAAUCAGAUGUACAGACGGAGGUCCUAACAGAGGAAAGAAAUGCAGGCUCAGAGUCCCUCAGCAAUACUGAAGGGGAAGAUCCCAUCGAGCAACUGCUGAAGCUUGAGGCUCACAAGGUCAACACGGUGAAGCAGGCGAUCUUACACUUUGUCAACCAGAAUAUGUCAACCGUGGGUCUACAGGUGGCUGAUAUGGACAAACAGUUUUCUGACGGUGUGAUUCUGCUGCUGCUGAUCGGACAGUUGGAAGGCUUCUUCAUCCCUCUCUGUGACUUCAACCUGACCCCUGUCAAUCCCUCUGAGAUGCUUCACAAUGUGACCUUGGCCUUGGACCUCCUUAAUGACACAGGCCUUCAAGUGUCCAGUGUGGAACCACAAGAUAUUGUCUCUCAGGACAUCGCUGCCACCUUGAAGGUCCUGUACGCCCUGUUCAAGAAGCACAAAGGUAAAAAAUGAGAGGCAAGUGAAGAGGAAGUCAUCAACCAGAAAUACAGAGAGCUUAAGAGAGGUGGAGUGUUUGGUCAGCUUGUGGUUUCUUUGGUCUCUAAACUGUUUCAAAUGCAAACGUACAUGUAAUUAUUUCAAGGGGGACGUUUGACUGUUUAUAGGCAUUUUUCUGAUGGUCUCAUGCUAAUUUAAAAUAAGUGCAAGAAACUUAAAUAGUCUUAACAGGUCACGGAUGAUCAAGGAUAGCACUUUCUAAGAUUAAGCAUUUAUGACAGCAAAAUUUUGGAGUUUGUGGGGUCACUGUGUUUGGAGUGUGGGGAGGUGGAAAGGGGCUUACUUCAAAUGGCAAAAUAUAGACUAUUAAAUGACACAAAACAAUAGGAUAAAAUCUAAAUAAUGCACAAGCACCAACACAACUCACUAAAAAACCACAUUCUGUGGUCUACAAACAGCAAGACAAGAGAAGCAAACAACAAAGGAUAACUAGAUAUGCGUGUAAAGAACGCAUUGCAUAUUUCAUUCGCCACCAUGGGUAUUGGUAUUGGGCCAAUUAGUAAGUCCCCUAUGUAUGCCUUAAUGGUCUGUUGUUGACAGUGUAAGGACAAUAAGGGCUGGAGUAUACUCUAUCAGAGGUAGGUCGCAUGGCAUGUUGUUAAAAAAAUACCUGUUUUGAACAGUCAUGCUCCAGGGUCAAAAGCCAGUCAGAGUCAUCGAGAGGGGGCAGACUCAAUGUCCUUUAAAAGUGGGGAUAAUGGCGCACAUUUUCACAGUCUCUCCUGGGAGACAUUCAUAGUGUUGCACUCGGUUUUUCACAUGAAAAGUGAGAAUGGAAAAAGAGUUCAAACCCUGGCUCCUUUCUCACCUCCGCUCAGCUGACCAAUCACUGUGUGAAGUGGGUGUGAAUGUGAAUGAAGCUAUUCGAACGUUCCAACAAGCACUUCUGAUAGAGUAUACUGGCCCCUUAAAACCACCUUUUGUUUUCCUUUCAGAUAUUUUAAAUUUGGUUUGCAUUCAGUCAAAAUGCACGUGGUGUAGAUGUUCGUGCAGCCAAGUGUUAUUUCCUAGUAAUCGCUUCCUCUCUUCCCCUCUACAUAUUUGCUCUUCAUUCUGACACUGCUCGAACAUAGUACUUUACAUUUUUGCUAUAGAAAAACCAUUGUCCUUGACUGCCACUCAGACAAUAAACAAUGUGAAUUUCUCUCUCUGCUUCUUGUGUGUGUUCCGACUGACAGCCUGUGACCUCCUCUCUGUGAAUGCAAUUGUCAUUUCUCAGAAAAAUUGUGGGACUAUUUUUUUUGCUAUUGAAUUGUUCUGAACCGAAGGUCCCACACAUGUAGAGAGGUUGCAGCAGGCAGCGAUAGAGGGAGGCACAGAGAAUGAGAGACAGACAAUAGAUGUGAUUCCAUCAAAGCAUAUUUUGCUAAUUAUGAGUAGAAAUAAAAGUUGACUAGAACUCGGAAAAAAAAGUCCACUUAAUUAUCCUCUGUGUUGCAAAGAGGGGUAAUUUCUCUGCUGAAAAAUAACUUUAUGCAAACCAUUAGUGACUUUUUUUCAUCAGCAAGUUCCUUCUUGUUAAAUAAUAAUAUCUCUUUACCAGUGCUGCCUCUCUGGAUUAGUUUUGUGGAUGUAGUUUGUGCAUUAGCAAAUUACAGAGUGAAUGUCUUUGUUUUUGUCUCGAGGUUAAAGUAUAUAAUGUAGGGAACACGAAGCGGUACACCAAUCACUGUUAUGCUUUUUUAUUCUAACAGUUAUCUUGCAGAUGUGUUUGUUGACAUUCAGGAAGCCAAUUUAUUCGUUUCCACCAAGGUGAUGGAAAAUACUCUAAAUUCACAUUUUAUUUCCCCUGACAUUUAAAAAAAAACUUGCUAGGCAGCCAGAUGGAAAUGUAGCUACUGUAUAGAGCGAGGGACAAGCAGAGACAGAGAUAGAAAGAGACAAUGAGGUGUGUGUUGCUUUUGUUCAUCAUUUAAAUUGGCCAUUUCAGUGGACGGUUAAAGUAUUAUGAAAUAAAAAUGGCUUUUAUUUUGUUUUCCAAUUUACAGACCAUGAACUCCUCAUGCCAAGUGAUUGUAAACUAAAUUUGUUUGUUGAAAAUCAAAUUGCACAUUGCUUUAUGAAGGGCAGUAUCCAUUGUAGUACCUGGUCAAACCAUGAAUGAACACAGCUGCAAUAAGCAUUUUAAUGCUUCUCAAAUACAAACUGUAAGGUUAUUUCAUGGUUACAUGUUACACAUAAGUCAUAUAUGUUUGCUCUAACAUUAGGUGGUCCAUACAAACAUUUAGCACUGUCUUUCUGAAUAAACCAAUGUUGAGCUUGACAUCAAGUUGUAUGUGAAUGGAAAAAUGUUAUGAUGAAAUUGUUUAUAUUUACUGAAUGUUUACUGGAGGGUUUUGACCUCGGGUACAGUCUUUGUCAAGGUUGCUUGGAUAUGCUUUCAGGGCAUAAAUUGUAUUUUUGGUGAAAUAAAUUGUUAAA